UUUAAAACGAGUAUAAAAGCGAUUGACUGAUCAAACUCAGCAUCCAGUCAAAGGUUUGGAAUCCAUUCGGUUCUUAUCCUUUUUCAGUUGUCCCUGGGAUAGAGUUUAAUAUUUUAGGAAAAAUGAAAAUUUUCUUGUGCCUCUCUGCACUUCUCCUGGUAGCUGCUGCCGCCAGCGAAAAGAAGGGUGUACCACUUGAGAAGAAACUCGACAAACGUGGUCUCCUUGGUCUUGGCUACGGCUAUGGUAUCAAUGGCUUGAACGCUGGAUACCUUGGCGCUGGACACCUUGGUGGUGCCUGGAAUGGAGUUACCAGCUAUUCAAGCGGUCUCGGUUUGGGACACGGAGUCGUCGGAACCGGCGUCGUUGGUAGCGGUCUUGGCUACAGCGGUCUCGGAGGAUGGAAAGGAGUAGCUCUUGGCUAUGGAAGUGGUCUUGGCUACGGAGCUGGAUGGAGAUCCGGUCUUGGCUAUGGAGCUUACGGAUCUGGUGCCCUUUUGGGAUCCGGAGCUGUUUUGGGAUCUGGAGCUGCUUUGGCAUCUGGAGCCGUUUUGGGAUCCGGAGCUGUUUUGGGAUCUGGUCUUGGAUACAGCAGUGCUGCCCUCGGUGGUGCCGCUCUUAGUGGUGCUGCUCUCAGUGGUGCCGCUCUUGGUGGAGCCGCUGUUGUUGGAGCCGGAGCUGUCGGAGGUGCCGUCCUUGGAGGACACACUGACAUCACCCGCACCGUUACCGUCGUCAAGGGAGUCCCACAACCCUACACCGUCGAUAGCCCAGUCCCAGUCGCCGUCAACCGCCCAGUCCCAGUUCCAGUCUCAGUUCCAGUUCCACAACCCUACACUGUUGACCGUCCAGUUCCAGUCCCAAUCAGGGAAGUCCAACAAGUUCCAGUCUCAGUCCCACAACCCUACACUGUUGAACGUAAAGUCCCAUACCCAGUUCAUGUUCCAGUAGACCGCCCAUACCCAGUCCAUGUUCCAGUUCCACAACCCUACGAAGUCACCCGCACCGUUCAAGUUCCAGUCAAGGUUCCCGUCCCACAACCCUACACUGUUGACCGUCCAGUCCCAGUCCAAGUUCCAGUUCAAGUUCCAGUCCCACAACCCUACACUGUAGAACGCAAGGUUCCAUACCCAGUCCAUGUUCCAGUUGACCGUCCAGUACCCGUCAGCGUACCACAACCCUACCACGUUCCAGUCGAUCGUCCAGUCCCAGUCCAAGUUGACCGUCCAGUCCCAUACCAAGUCAACGUACCAGUCGAUCGCCCAGUCCCAGUUCCAGUUGAACGUCCAGUCCCAGUCCAAGUUAAUGUUCCAGUUCCACAACCCAUCACCGUAGACCGCCCAGUCCCAGUUGCCGUCAACCGCCCAUACCCAGUUCCAGUCAACGUUGACCGUCCAGUCCCAGUUCCAGUUGAAAACCGCGUCCCAGUUCCAGUUGACAACCCAGUACCAGUUCCAUACCGUGUACCAGUCCCAGUUGCCUCAGUUGCUCCAGCUCUCGCUCUCGGAACUGCUGCCCCAGCCCUCGCUAUCGGAACUGCUGCCCCAGCUCUCGCUGGUGGUGCCAUCGGUCUUGGUGCCGGCUAUGGUGUCGGUCUUGGUGCCGGUCUUGGAUACAGCUCACUCGCUCUAGGAACCGCUGCCCCAGCUCUUGCUCUCGGAACUGCUGCCCCAGCUCUCGCUGUCGGAACUGCUGCCCCAGCUCUCGCUGGUAGUGCCCUCGGUCUUGGUGCCAGUUAUGGUGCCGGUCUUGGAUACAGCUCACUCGCUGUAGGAACCGCUGCCCCAGCUCUCGCCCUUGGUGCUAAAUCCAUCGCUUUGGGAACCGCUGCUCCAGCUCUCGCUGUCGGAACUGUUGCUCCAGCUCUCGCUUCCUCAUCCCUCGGUCUUGGCUAUGGCUAUGGACUCAAGUCCGCCUCCUGGGGACAUGGCAUUGCUUCCCACAGCCUCAUUAAGAAGCAUUAAGAACCACUUCCUACCUAAGGACUUGGCAAAUAGUACAAUAAGUAAACAAAAAGAAUGAGAUGAAAGUCGAAAUUGUUUAAAACGAAAGUCAUAAGAAAUAAUAAAAAA